GCAACAGUAACCCUUCAUCAAUCACCCCUGAGCAAAUAAAACUGCACAAAAUCCUUCGCGUCGAGCACUGAGUUAACCUAUUCUUACGUAAAAAACGGAGGAAAACUGUACUGCCAAGGCCACUCUAUCUCCCCCAUCCUCGCCGCUUUAUUCAACUAUUUUAUACUAAAUUCGACCACUGAAUUAAUUAGAACACUCGUGGACCCACUGACCGAUUUAACCACUUAUUAUUUACAAAGGGAAACGUCAGUGCUCCGACUCUGCACGCACUCGCCCCCACAAUCGUCAAUCGUAAUUUUCUUCACGCGCCACUGGAAGCUCCCCCCGAAAUUCCGAAUCCAUCGAACAUCUCUGGAUCUUGCUGACAACAAUAACUCGUCUGUAGAGUGAAUAUCUCCUUUUGUUCUCGAUAAAAGAAGUUGACGUGAUUGCUGAAUCAUCUGACGUGAAAUUACUGCUGUGAAUUUCCUCGCACAGAUGCGGCGCGAGGCGAAUGCCAUCACUGCUCCGAAUUAUUUCACUGAUUGUUUAUUAUGUAGAUGAGAAUAGUGAACAAUUGGGCUGGUGGAACUCAAAGUGUCUCCGAUUCGGAGAAUAUAUCAGCGAGUAAAGGGAUAGGAAUACAAUUCAGAUCUUCCAGCGAGUCCCUGUGACACGGUUUUGAGGGGAUUAUUCGGGAAUCAUGAUCACGUUGAGAGGAAAAUUGAAAAAGGAUGCUGAGGUUGGAAACGCCAAGUCACGGGAUUUCAACAAAAGAAUCUCCGUUAGAGAUAAACUUCUUGUGAAAGAGGUUCAAGAGAUGGAGCAAACAUUGCCGAAUACCUGCCAAGCGACUUUCAAUAAUCCCAACCGAUUGCAUGAGUUCAACCUCAUCAUUACUCCAGAUGAAGGCUACUGGUUGGGAGGUAAAUUUCUGUUCCACAUUUCCGUACCUGAGGAGUACAACAUGACCCCACCAAAAGUAAAAUGCAUAACGAAACUCUGGCACCCCAACAUCAAUGAAGAUGGUGAUGUCUGUUUAUCCAUCCUAAGACAGAGUAGUCUCGAUGGAAUGGGUUGGGCGCCAACUCGGAAGCUCAAAGAUGUGGUCUGGGGGGUAAAUUCCUUAUUCACUGAUCUCCUGAACUUCGAUGAUCCACUGAAUAAAGACGCUGCAGAACAAUUCUCAAAAGACAAAGAGACAUUCAAAAACAAAGUACGAGAGUACGUGAAUCAAUAUGCGAGAAGAUGAUUCAAGAAUUUGUAGAAACUCCUGCGGACAUAAUUCAUUUAUAAUUGUAUUUUUUAUUAUUUCUCGAUUUAUCAUUUUUUCUAUUUAAUAUUCAGUUGCUAGUCUCAUUCAUCCCAACGAUUGUUUGUCAUUCAAUUUACGAUAAUUUUGGUGAAAAAUUGGAGUGAAGGGACAAAAAAUGUACAGAACGAUCAAUAUUUUUCAGCAUUGUAGUCUUUAUUUCCAGGAAACAUUUUGUAAAUAAAGAAAAAAAAUUAUUAUAUAAA